CCUUCUCUCACUACAAUAUCACCCCCUCCCUUUCUCUUUCUCCGUUCAACUCGGGAGCGCCGCCGCUCGGUCGUGAGGAUUUCUCCCUUCUCUGUCAAAAUGGAGGAGGAGGUCUUUGGCUUAAUGAGGGGAGCGCCGAUUCCACGAUCGGAUCUGCUGCGAUGAAAGGUUCCAGCUUGCUCGUGUGACAAGAGCCGACACCGAAUCGCUCCGGUUUGUGGAUUUUUUGAGGAGCGGUUUGUGCACGAGAGAGCGCAGCCAUGAGCGCAGCAGAGGGGCUGGAUGAGGCUGCAAAGGACGCUCCAGACGUAGCGGCGUUUUUCAAAUCCGAUUUCUCGCUUCCAAAAUGUGAAUCUAAACUGGAUGGACCUGGUCAGACCUCAGGAUUUCAUCGCAAUGAAGAUAUGAAGGCCAUUGAUGUGCUUCCCAUCCUCAAGGAGAAGGUGGCCUUUCUUUCAGGAGGCAGAGACAGACGAGGAGGUCCUGUUCUCACUUUCCCAGCACGCAGCAACCAUGAUAGAAUACGAGCAGAAGACCUUCGCAGGCUCGUAGCCUACCUGGCAACUAUCCCAAGUGAGGAGGUGGUCAGACAUGGCUUCACAGUCAUUGUGGACAUGCGUGGCUCCAAAUGGGACAGCAUCAAGCCUCUGCUGAAAAUCCUGCAGGAGUCCUUCCCUUCCUGCAUCCACGUCGCCCUCAUCAUCAAGCCGGAUAACUUUUGGCAGAAGCAGAGGACCAACUUCGGCAGCUCCAAGUUUGAGUUUGAGACAGUAAUGGUCUCUUUAGAAGGUUUAUCCAAAAUUGUGGACCCGUCGCAGCUGACAGCCGACUUUGAUGGCAGCUUAGAGUACAACCAUGAUGACUGGAUCGAGGUACGGCUCUCAUUUGAAACCUUUGCCAGCGAUGCAGCACGAGCUUUGGCACGCCUGGAGGAGCUGCAGGAAACUCUGUCCCAGCGAGAUCUCCCACGGGACCUGGAGGGGGCUCGACGUCUUAUGGAGGAGCAUGCGGCACUAAAGAAAAGAGCCACUAAAGCUUCAGUGGAAGAGUUGGACACGCAGGGGCGCAGACUGCUGCAAAGGCUACAGUCCCAAACUGUGGGAAGCGGGACUAAUGUCGAAAGUGUGUAUGGGAACCGAAUUGGCAGUGCCAGUGGAGAAUCCAACGAUCACCACCAUGGCUUUCACACGCAUGCAGAUGCUCACAACCUAGGAGCUAAAGUGACUAGUUUAUUGGAUAAACUUCACGGGACACGCCAGAACCUGCAGCAGUUGUGGCACAUGAGGAAGCUGAAACUGGACCAGUGUUUCCAGCUGCGUCUUUUCGAGCAGGAUGCAGAAAAGAUGUUCGACUGGAUCAUGCACAACAAGGGUCUUUUCCUCACCAGCUACACCGAAAUUGGGGGAAACCACCAGCAUGCUGUCGAGCUGCAGACGCAGCACAACCACUUUGCAAUGAACUGCAUGAAUGUGUAUGUGAACAUCAAUCGGAUUAUGUCAGUUGGGAAUCGGCUCCUGGAAUCAGGCCACUACGCCUCCCAGCAGAUCCAGCAGAUUUCAGGCCAGUUGGAACAAGAGUGGAAGGCCUUCGCUGCAGCACUGGACGAACGCAGCACCUUACUGGAGAUGUCUGCCAGUUUCCACCAGAAAGCUGACCAGUACAUGAGUAAAGUGGAGCCAUGGUGCAAAGCGUGCGGUGAAGGAGAAUUACCGUCAGAACUGCAGGAUCUGGAAGACACAAUCCACCGCCACCAGGGCCUAUAUGAGCACAUUACCACUGCUUACUCGGAGGUGAGCCAAGAUGGGAAGUCGCUCUUGGACAAGCUACAGCGACCUUUGACCCCAGGAAGCACGGAUUCUUUGAUGGCAUCAGCAAAUUACUCCAAGGCGGUCCACCACGUCCUGGACAUUAUCCACGAGGUGCUCCAUCAUCAGAGGCAGCUGGAGAACAUCUGGCAGCAUCGCAAAGUUCGCCUUCACCAACGUCUGCAGCUGUGUGUUUUCCAGCAGGAUGUACAGCAAGUACUGGACUGGAUAGAAAACCACGGUGAGGCUUUCCUGAGUAAACACACUGGCGUCGGAAAGUCUUUGCACAGAGCACGAGCAUUGCAGAAGAGACAUGAGGACUUUGAAGAGGUUGCACAGAACACCUACACUAAUGCUGACAAGCUGCUCGAGGCAGCAGAGCAGUUGGCUCAGACGGGAGAAUGUGACCCAGAGGAAAUUUACCAGGCUGCCCACCAGCUUGAAGAUCGCAUCCAGGACUUUGUACGACGUGUUGAACAACGCAAGGUCCUGCUGGAUAUGUCGGUUUCCUUCCACACGCACGUCAAGGAGCUAUGGACAUGGUUGGAGGAGCUUCAGAAGGAAUUGCUGGACGAUGUGUACGCCGAGUCUGUGGAGGCAGUGCAGGAUUUGAUCAAACGUUUUGGUCAACAACAGCAGACCACCCUGCAAGCGACUGUCAAUGUUAUCAAGGAAGGUGAAGACCUCAUACAACAGCUCAGAGACUCUGCCAUCUCAAGCAACAAGACCCCGCACAACAGCUCCAUGGCGCACAUCGAGAGCGUCCUGCAGCAGCUGGAUGAGGCCCAGGGCCAGAUGGAGGAGCUUUUCCAGGAGAGGAAGAUCAAACUGGAACUUUUUCUCCAGCUUCGCAUCUUUGAGAGGGAUGCCAUAGAUAUCAUCUCUGACCUGGAGUCAUGGAACGAGGAACUGACCCAGCAGAUGAGUGACUUUGACACGGAGGACCUGACGCUGGCUGAGCAGAGGCUUCAGCAUCACGCAGACAAGGCGCUCACCAUGAACAACCUCACCUUUGACGUUAUCCAUCAAGGCCAGGAGCUGCUCCAGUACGUUACAGAGGUCCAAGCAUCAGGUGUAGAACUCUUAUGUGACAGAGAUGUAGACAUGGCCACGCGUGUUCAGGAUCUCCUGGAGUUUCUCCAUGAGAAGCAGCAGGAGCUGGACCUGGCGGCCGAGCAGCACCGUAGACAUUUGGAGCAAUGUGUUCAGUUAAGACACCUUCAGGCUGAAGUCAAACAGGUGCUGGGUUGGAUCCGUAAUGGCGAGUCCAUGUUGAACGCCGGGCUGAUCACGGCCAGUUCGUUACAAGAAGCUGAGCAGUUGCAGAAGGAACACGAACAAUUUCAACAUGCGAUUGAGAAAACCCAUCAGAGUGCCCUUCAAGUGCAGCAGAAAGCAGAGAGUCUACUUCAAGCUAACCACUACGACAUGGACAUGAUCCGAGACUGUGCCGAGAAGGUGGCAGACCACUGGCAGCAGCUGAUGCUGAAAAUGGAGGACAGACUCAAACUGGUUAAUGCUUCUGUGGCCUUCUAUAAGACUUCCGAACAAGUGUGCAGUGUGUUGGAAAGCCUGGAGCAGGAGUACAAGAGAGAAGAGGACUGGUGUGGUGGUGCUGAUAAACUGGGCCCCAACAGUGAGUCCGAUCACGUCACCCCCAUGGUCAGCAAACAUCUGGAACAAAAAGAGGCCUUUCUCAAGGCCUGCACGCUGGCUCGACGCAAUGCAGAUGUGUUCCUCAAGUACCUGCACAGGAACAGUGUUAACAUGCCCGGAAUGUUGUCCCACGUCAAAGCGCCGGAGACUCAGGUUAAAAACAUCCUGAAUGAGUUGCUGCAGAGAGAGAACAGGGUGCUCCACUUCUGGACCAUGAGAAAGCGAAGGCUGGAUCAGUGCCAGCAAUAUGUGGUGUUUGAACGCAGUGCCAAGCAGGCCUUGGAAUGGAUCCAUGACACUGGGGAGUUUUACCUGUCCACACACACAUCCACUGGCUCCAGCAUUCACCACACACAGGAGCUUUUGAAAGAGCAUGAAGACUUCCAGAUCACAGCUAAGCAAACCAAAGAGCGUGUAAAGCUGUUGAUCCAGCUGGCCGAUGGUUUUUGUGACAAAGGCCACGCCCAUGCCCUGGAGAUAAAGAAAUGGGUGUCCUCAGUGGACAAGCGUUACAGGGACUUUUCUCUCCGUAUGGACAAAUACAGGACCUGCCUGGAAUCGGCGCUCGGCAUUUCCUCCGACUCCAACAAGGCAAGUAAAGAGCUACAACUGGACAUCAUCCCAGCUAGUGCUCCGGGUUUAGAGGUCAAGUUGAGAGAUGCUGCUCAUGAACUCAAUGAGGAAAAGAGGAAGUCUGCGAGGAGGAAAGAAUUUAUAAUGGCCGAGCUGAUUCAAACAGAGAAAGCCUAUGUCAGAGACCUGCGUGAGUGCAUGGAUACAUAUCUGUGGGAGAUGACCAGCGGAGUGGAGGAGAUUCCUCCGGGGAUCGUCAACAAGGAGCACAUCAUCUUUGGGAACAUGCAAGACCUCUACGAGUUUCAUCACAACAUCUUCUUGAAGGAGUUGGAAAAAUAUGAACAGCUUCCAGAGGAUGUGGGUCAUUGUUUUGUUACCUGGGCUGACAAAUUUCAGAUGUACGUGAACUACUGUAAGAACAAGCCCGACUCCACGCAGCUCAUCUUGGAGCAUGCUGGCCCAUAUUUUGAUGAAAUACAGCAAAGGCAUCGUCUUGCCAACUCCAUCUCAUCAUACUUGAUCAAACCGGUUCAAAGAAUUACUAAGUACCAGCUGCUUCUUAAGGAGCUAUUGACAUGCUGUGAGGAAGGAAAAGGGGAGAUCAAGGAUGGUCUUGAGGUGAUGCUAAGUGUCCCCAAAAGAGCCAACGAUGCCAUGCACCUAUCAAUGCUGGAUGGGUUUGACGGGAACAUUGACUCCCAAGGAGAACUGAUUCUUCAGGAGUCCUUCCAGGUUUGGGAUCCCAAAACAUUGAUCCGGAAGGGCCGUGACCGACACCUUUUCCUCUUUGAGAUGUCGCUGGUUUUCAGUAAAGAAGUGAAAGACUCAAAUGGACAUAGCAAAUACCUUUAUAAGAGCAAGCUAUUUACGUCGGAGCUCGGAGUCACAGAGCAUGUGGAGGGGGAUCCUUGUAAAUUUGCCCUUUGGGUGGGCAGAACCCCGACCUCGGACAAUAAAAUCGUGCUCAAGGCGUCAAGCAUUGAAAACAAGCAGGACUGGAUCAAACACAUUCGUGAGGUCAUUCAGGAGCGAACGGUCCAUCUGCGUGGUGCUCUGAAGGAGCCCAUUCACAUCCCCAAAGCCACCACCGCCAAACAUAAAGGCAGACGAGACGGAGAAGAGCUAGAUAGCCAAGGAGAUGCUAGCAGUCAACCGGACACCAUCUCAAUUGCUUCAAGGACAUCCCAGAACACAUUGGACAGUGAUAAGCUGUCGGGCGGUUGCGAGCUGACUGUGGUCAUCCAUGACUUUGCGGGGAGCAAUGGAGGCAGCAGCGGCGAGCUGACAGUGAGACGAGGUCAAACGGUCGAGGUCCUGGAGCGACUCCACGAUAAGCCAGACUGGUGCUUGGUGCGGACCACGGACCGCUCUCCAGCCCAGGAGGGCAUCGUCCCCUGCUCCAUGCUAUGUAUCGCGCACUCCAGGUCAUCCAUGGAGAUGGAAGGGCUCUUCAACCACAAAGAUACCUUGUCCGUCUCCAGUAACGACACCCUGCAGCCAGGCUCCAGCCAAACCUUGGGGCCCCACAGUUCGCCGGGGCCCAAGCGUCCUGGGAACACAUUAAGGAAGUGGCUGACCAGCCCCGUAAGGCGACUCAGCUCUGGCAAGGCAGAUGGUCACGUCAAAAAGCUGGCCCACAAGCACAAAAAGAACCGGGACGGCCCCCGGAAGAACUUGGAUGUAAUGCAAGGCCCUCAGAAGGACUCUGACGACAGUGCCGCCACCCCACAAGAUGAAACACUGGAGGAGCGCAUGCGUAACGAAGGACUGAGCAGCGGAACGCUCUCCAAGUCUUCUUCAUCGGGCAUGCAGAGCUGCGGAGAGGAGGAGGGUGAGGAGGGGGCUGACGCCGUCCCUCUGCCUCCCCCAAUGGCCAUUCAGCAACACAGUCUGCUACAGCCUGACACCCAGGAUGACAAGUCUGCAUCACGCCUGUCUGCUCGGCCAAGCAGCUCAGAGACUCCGAGUGCUGCUGAACUGGUCAGUGCCAUUGAGGAACUGGUCAAAAGCAAGAUGUCACUAGAAGAUCGUCCCAGUUCUCUCUCAGUGGAGCAGGGUGACAGCAGCUCCCCUUCCCUCAACCCCUCUGACAACUCCGUCUUGUCAUCCUCCUCACCCAUGGAGGAGGUGGACGAGCGCAAGUCCGGCUUCCUCAAGCGAAGACAUUAUGUCUUGCUGGAGUUGGUGGAGACUGAACGAGACUAUGUCAGAGACUUAGGAUCAGUUGUGGAGGGUUACAUGAGCAGAAUGAAGGAGGAAGGUGUACCAGAUGACAUGAGAGGAAAAGACAAGAUGGUCUUCGGAAACAUCCAUCAGAUCUACGAUUGGCACAAAGACUUUUUCUUGGGAGAGAUUGAAAAAUGUUUGGAGGAUCCCGACAGACUUGCUUCAUUGUUUGUCAAACAGGAGCGCAGGUUUCACAUGUACAUCGUGUACUGCCAAAACAAGCCCAAAUCAGAGCACAUUGUGUCAGAGUACAUUGACACUUACUUUGAAGAACUCAAGCAACGAUUAGGCCACAGGUUGCAGAUCACCGAUUUGCUGAUCAAACCUGUCCAGCGAAUAAUGAAAUACCAGUUAUUGCUUAAGGAUCUUCUCAAAGUUUCUAAGAAGGCAGGAGUGGAUUCAUCAGAGCUGGAGAAAGCUGUCGAGGUGAUGUGCAUUGUGCCUAAGCGCUGCAACGACAUGAUGAAUGUUGGCCGCCUUCAAGGCUUCGAUGGUAAAAUUGUAGCACAGGGCAAAUUGCUCCUGCAAGACACUUUCUUGGUAUCAGACCAGGAUGGGGGACUUUUGUCAAGAAUGAAGGAAAGGAGAGUUUUCCUUUUUGAGCAGAUUGUUAUAUUCAGUGAACCACUGGACAAGAAAAAGGGCUUCUCUACUCCAGGCUACCUCUUCAAGAACAGCAUCAAGGUGAGUUGGCUGGGUCUGGAAGAAAUUGCAGAAGACCCCUGCAAAUUCACAUUAACGUCCAGAUCAUCUGGUGGCAAUCCGGAGAGGUAUACCCUCCAGUCAACAAGCCCUGGAGUUUGUCAAAUUUGGCUCCACCAGGUCAGCCAGAUUCUGGAAAACCAGCGCAAUUUCCUGAAUGCUCUGACGUCCCCCAUAGAGUACCAGAGGAACCACGUGGGUGGCAGUGGUCCACCCAAUAAUAGUAGCAGUACAGGAGGUCUUCCUGGAGGCAGCACCUCCACCAGUACCUCCAGUCUAGGUGGUGGCGGCGGUGGCUUCGGAGGAUCUGGAGGCAACUCCUCUGGUCUUUGCGGCCCUCGCUCCAGACCCUCAAGAAUUCCCCAGCCUUCCUCACGGCUCCCCCAGCCCGUCCACCACCACCACCCAGGCCCCGAAGGGCCUGACAGAUCAGCAGGUAUGUGGUCACCCUGCCAGCCCCAAUCCAACCCCUCUAGCCUAUAUUCAGACACAACCUCAAACGGCAAGCUGGUAAAUUCCGAGGUCCAUAAGAUGGAGCUGCUGGAUUGUGGCGAUGGAGGUAUCUCUAACAACGGUAGCAGACCGUCAGGCAGCUUGGAAAGAGUUGUCAGGCAUGGUUCGGAAGGCUGUGAAGAAACCCAGAAACCUCAACCGGUCGCUAUCCCACAAAUGGCUGUUGCUCCUCUGCAUUUGGCCCUCAAGAAUCCCCGAGUCAGGACAGUCUCACCUCUGGUCUCACCUCAGUCUCCUGGGGGGGUCAAGGAAGCUUUUGGCCCCACCAGCCAGUCUCACAAAAGCAACACUUCGUGGGCCACGGUCCCGUCGGUGCCUCCUUCUCCCACUAGCCGACCAAGUUCCUGCAUCAGUGACGGUACUGGUGGAGGGGAAUCAUUCAGCAGAGGAAGCCACGGGAUUCCCACUCACCAUCGCCACUCCACCCACAGUAAGGAUUUAGAUCGUAUGAGCAUGUGCUCCUCCACCAGCGAGCAGUCCAUACACUCCACCCAAAGCAACGGGAGUGAAAGCAGUAGCAGCAGCAGCAGUGUGUCCACCAUGUUGGUGACCCAAGACUAUGUAGCAGUGAAGGAGGAUGAGAUCAGCGUAGCACAGGGUGAAGUCGUCCAAAUACUGGCCAGUAACCAGCAAAACAUGUUCCUGGUGUAUCGAGCUGCCAAUGAGCAUUGCCCUGCGGCUGAGGGAUGGAUUCCUGGCUUUGUAUUAGGACACACUUCAUCCUCCACUACACCCGAUUUCCCAGAGGGAACCAUCAAAAAAUCCCUAUCAUGGCAUACCGCGCUUCGUAUCCGCCGCAAGUCCGAGAAAAGAGACAAGGACGGUAGGAAAUUGGAGAAUGGCUACCGCAAAUCUCAGGACAACCUGGUUAACAAAGUCUCUGGCAAGCUUCUGAAUCCCAACUUCAUCAGUGAUGCUCCUCCAGAGUUCCUCAUCCCGCUUAGCGAUGUAACAUGUGAGAGUGGCGACAAUGUCACUCUCAGGUGCAAAACGAGUGGGCGCCCCCGUGCCGCUGUCACCUGGCGAGGUCCGGACAAUAACACUCUUAGCAACAACGGACAAUACAGCAUCAUCUACAGUGAGACAGGAGAGGCGACCCUGUGUAUCCUCGGGGUGACUAUGGAGGACAACGGCAGAUACACCUGUGUUGCCAUGAAUGUAGCAGGUUCUGUAACCACCUCCGCCAGCCUCAGAGUCUCAGGAAGCCCAGAUGAUAGCAACAAUGCAAUUUGGAAACGAGGUUUUGAAUACCACUACACUGAUAUUUCUGAACUUGGAAGAGGCCGCUUCUCGGUGACCAAGCGGUGCGACCAGAGAGGCAGCAAAUGGACCGUUGCAGCGAAACAUGUCAACAAGAAGCUGCUGCGACGGGAACAGGUGCUGCAGGAGGUCAAACUCCUCCAGACUGUUGACCAUCCCAACCUGGUCCGCUUCCUGGACACGUAUGAGACGGCCAACAGCUAUGUUCUUAUUUUAGAGAUGGCAGACCAAGGGCGCUUCCUGGACUACAUCGUGAGCUGGGGAAACCUGACGGAGGAGAAAGUAGCCCUGUACCUCAGAGAUAUUCUUGAAGCUCUCCAGUACCUGCACGGCUGGAGGAUAGCACACCUUGACCUCAAACCUGAGAACAUUGUGGUAGAACAGGUGUCUUCCCAGCCUGUGGUGAAGCUCACUGACUUUGGUGAUGCCAUUCAGCUUAACCCUCCUUCCACCUACAUACAUCCUCUUCUUGGGAGCCCAGAGUUCUCUGCCCCUGAGCUGGUUUUGGGUCAGCCCGCCUCCCUGAUGUCUGACAUGUGGAGCUUGGGGGUGUUGACCUACGUCGUGCUCAGCGGCGCAUCGCCUUUCCUGGACGAGAGUCUGGAGGAGACGUGUCUGAACAUCUGCCGCCUGGACUUCAGCUUCCCUGACGACUACUUUGAAGGCGUGAGCGCAGCCGCCCGCGACUUUGUGUGCCUGCUGCUGCAGGGGGAGCCCGAGCAGCGGCCUUCAGCGAGCUCCUGCCUGCGGGAUCCGUGGCUCCGCCUACCCGGCGUAGCGGACAGGGAUGUUGGCUACGCUGCCUCAAAUCGCAUGCAGCUUCCGCCGUGCCAAAAUACCGCUUCGCAUCUGGACACGUCCCGGCUCAUUUCUUUCAUUGACAGACGGAAACACCUGAAUGAUGCCCGGCCCAUCGGGUCAUUGAAGGUGUUUCUUCACAGUCGCUUGCUUAAUCAAGUGUAACAGGAAGUACCCGGGGCGAAAGCUUUUCCCUGCCGGCUGGUUUGCUUUUCUUAACCAAUCUCUGAUGGAAUGGUUGGCGUGCAAACUUGUGUAUUCUCAUGCUCAUCUCUUCCACACUAAGGUUCCCUCACUGAUCCACAAGUGUCCUGCUGCUGCUGACUGACUGAAUGACCUCUGCUGAUAAACCCUUUGACUCCACCCCUUCCCUCCUAACCUUGGCAUACUGUGUUUAUGCCUGCACAACAAACUGUUGGAAUCCCUGCGAGACUUCCAAACCUGACUUAGCGGACACAAAGGCAAGUUUAUCUUUUCUUGCGAGUCAUAUAAUUAUAAAAGGACAUAGAAUACUGUGUGUGUCCGGCUGCUUUUAGUUGACCACAGGAGAAGCCUUUUUCUUUGUAAAAAGAGAUUACUUUUUGUAAGCGAAACCGUGUACAGUUAGGGAACAAACAUGCGAGUAAGCUUUGAGGAAUACAACAGCAGUAAGUAAGUCGAAGAAUAAAAACAAACAUGUACAAACCGAGUGGCGUUCAUCAGUGAGGUCCGCCUGUUGUCAUGGCAACGUGAAGAUCAGACCAAGUAUUCCGCUGUGGUCACUUUGAGUGCAAUAGUGCGUGUUGUCCUCGUACUUGCCUUCAGCAUCAAAGCUAGAGUUGUUUCAGCUAAUGACUAAAACGUUCAAGGCAAAGCUUCUUCGCCUUAUUUGUAAAUAAAUUACUCUCGCUUUUUCAUUUGUCAUUUAUGAACAAUCUGUUGCCACUGAACAAAGUUUUAUUUCAUUGACGGCAUAUUCGUGACGCAGAGAUGAUGCACUAAUUUAGAAAUGCACUCAUUUUAUGUCGGUCUCCACGUGCAAUGUUGCAGCUUGAACAACUAUUUAUGAAGAAUUGUUUUGUAGCUGUAGUCUUUCAAGGAAAUAAAGGCAUGUACGUAACUGGUACUGCAAUAGACGUCUGUAUUGUGUUAACUCUUUUUGUAUUAAGUUCAGUACUAAUAUCUGCAACAGCCCAGCUGAAUGAGAGCUUUGGCAAAAAUGUAAAAUGUGUAUGUAUUCAAAAGAAAGUCAGGCACUUAUGCUUUUCCUUUGUCAUUGCUUGUUUCCAUAAUAAUACCAAAGUUUUCUAUUUGUUUUCCUGUAUUAUUCUAAUUUUUCGUGUUAACUUAUAGAGAGCACAGUGAACCCAGAUAUUUAAGAGUUUACAUUCAUAACAUUUUAUUUAUUAUUAUUAUUUCACGAGAAUGUUUGGUGAUUUCAUUGCUGCGUUAAGGCGGGACUUCACUUUGCUUGCUUUAUGUUUGUAUCCUUAAGCAAUAUAGCAUGAGCUUAGCACGGGGUGCCUAAUCCAUUUAGGAGACAUUUCCUUUUGUUUCAUGUCCUCCUGUUUAGUAAGUAGUCCAGAGUGGCGGUUAAGAUGUGGUGCGUCAAAU